CAACAUAUGAUUUUGUAUACCUUUGUCCCAAAAAAGAAAAGAAAAGAAAAAUCAAUUUCUGCCCCAUCUGCUAUAAAUGGCACCAUCAAUUUGGGACUAGCUAUUACUUUCUGCUCCCGUCUAUUAACUUUCAUCUACGCAGGAAAUGGGCUCUGUAGAAACCACGAAAAAACCUCAUGCAGUUUUGGUUCCAUAUCCAUCUCAAGGCCAUGUUACCCCAUUAAUGAGACUUGCCAAGCUUUUGCACGCAAAAGGGUUCCAUGUAACCUUUGUCAACACCGAAUUUAACCACAAACGUUUGAUCCGAUCGAAAGGGCCAGAGUCAGUUAAAGGGUUCGAUGAUUUCAGGUUUGAGACUAUCCCUGAUGGGAUGCCACCGUCAGAUAAAGAUGCAACUCAAGACGUGCCUCGGCUCUGUGAUUCUGUCAGAAAAAAUUGUUUGUCAAAGCUAUCAAAAGUCCUUUGGGCUUGGAAAAAAAAAAAGAUUAAGCUGAUCUCGUCUUCCGAAGUGCCUCCUGUUAGCUGCGUCAUUUCUGAUGGUGUCAUGAGCUUCAGUAUCAAAGCUGCCGAAGAUUUGGGCAUCCCUGAAGUUCAAUUCUGGACGGCUUCUGCUUGCUCUUUCAUUGGAUAUUUGCACUACAGAGAGCUCAUCAGGAGAGGGAUUUUUCCAUUCAAAAAUGACGAUUACCUUACUGAUGGUACUCUUGAUAAGCCUGUUGAUUGGAUUUGUGGAAUGAGCAAUGUAAAAUUCAGGGACCUUCCAAGCUUUUUAAGAACAACAGAUCCCAAUCACAUUAUGUUUGAUUUCAUGGGAGAGGAAGCACAGAGUUGUCUGAAAGCUCCAGCAAUAAUCUUCAAUGCCUUCGAUGAAUUUGAAAAAGAAGCAUUGGAGGCAGUCAUUUCGAAGUUCAAUUUCCCAAAUAUUUAUACAAUAGGCCCUGUAAAGCUAUUAGCCAGGCACAUUAUUCCCGAAAGCCAAGUCAAUUCCCUGAAUUCAAGUUUAUGGAAGCCUGACUCGAAAGUUUUCGAGUGGUUGGAUCAAAAAGCACCAAAGUCAGUUGUUUAUGUUAAUUAUGGAAGUGUAACAACCAUGACUGACCAUCAUUUCAAAGAAUUUGCUUGGGGACUUGCUAACAGCAAGCAACAGUUCUUGUGGAUUGUGCGGCCUGAUGUAGUGCAGGGAGGACAAUCAGCAAUGCUGCCUGAAGAUUUCCUUGAAGAGAUUCAGGAUAGAGGGUUCUUAACAAGCUGGUGUGCACAAGAGAAAGUGUUGGAGCAUUCAGCUGUUGGCGUAUUUUUGAUACACUGUGGAUGGAAUUCUAUGAUGGAAACUAUUUGUGCUGGUGUGCCUGUCAUCUGCUGGCCUUUCUUUGCUGAUCAGCAAACUAAUUGUCAUUACUCUUGUGAGAAAUGGGGAAUUGGAAUGGAAAUAAAUCAUGAUGUGAAGCGCGAUGAAGUUGCAGAACUUGUACGCAAAAUGAUUGUGGGAGAGGAAGGGGAAAAAAUGAGGUUCAACGCUAAAGAAUGGAAGAAGAAAGCUGAGGAAGCAACUGAAGUAGGGGGAUCAUCUUACAUUAAUUUUGACAAGUUCAUCAAUGAGGCUCUUCAUUACCAGGGAUGAGUUGCAAAAAAUGUUUCCUCUGUGACCUGAAAGGAAAAGAUUGGCUGAAAUGGCUUUGAUACUCAAAAUAAUUCAAUCAUCCUUCUUCCCUCCUUUGCUGCUUGUCAUCUUUCAUUUUGGUCUAUAUUAGUCCUAUUCAUUUUAAACUACAUCUUUAUUUGGAGUUGCAUGCCUUGGAUUAAGAAGAACAUUGCAAUUAGAAAGUUCCAUAAAGCAUCAAUUUUUCUUUUUUUUUACAUUUUCUGAUAGGUUGCAAUUUCAUUAUUUAUUUUAUUAUUAAUUUCUCCUAUUACCUGAUUUGAUGUGGAUUAAUUAUUAGAUUCUACUCACUUUUGAUAAUUUGCAUUUAUUUGAAGGAAUAAAUCGAAAAUAUCAUAACAAGUGCCAAUUUGACAGUCAUCAGGACAGAGUUCAAGUAGAUCGAAAAUACCAUAACAAGUGUCAAUUUGGAGAUUUUUCACCUCAAUAUCAAACGUAAUAUGACCCUUAUUCAAACAGGUAUGAUCAAGGAUAGCGGGAUGAUUCCAAUUUUAAUUAUGCAACCAGGCCAAUGGGUUUUCAAUAGCAAGAGUUUCAACAACCAUCAUCCAUGUCAGGUAUGUCUCUUGAAGAAAUGAUUGAACUACUGGUUACUAAUACAUAUCGAUUUCAUCAGCAGAUACAAGCGAUGGCGGAUUAAGUGCAACUAGUGACAGUCGGGAUGGCAGAUCAAGUGUAUCUAUUGACAUCCAAGAUAACGCAAUUAGCUUCUCACAUGAGUGAAAAUUUGCCCUCACAAGCCAACAUCGACCUUGAAGAAGAUAAAAGUGCAAUUAUUCUGAUAAGUGACAUGGAGCUAUAAGAGUCUCAAGAAAAUUGAUUUAAAGAUGCAAUUGAAAUGAAAGUUGAAGUGCAAGAAAUGAAACCCCAACAUCAACUCGUUCAAGUGAAUGAAUCUAGUGAACAACCUCCAAAUGUUGUGACAUCUCCUCCAUUCCUUAAUCAAUAUUCUCCUAACUCUUAUUCGUCAAUUCCUGUUAAUGAAAUUGACUUUAUUAUACUAGAAAA